UGCUGAGUCGAUCAGUUCGGCGGAGACCGAACACUAUCCCCUUUUCAAGCAUCCAAAGAGACCCGUUUCAACCCCUGUGAUAAGAGCUCCAACGGCCAUGCAAGGCCACGGGAGCGGCGACAGAGAUAGCUUUCGGGAAUGGAAACAGAUAGGCCUGCCGGCAAAGGGCGCCCACCCGUCUGGCAGGGGCAGUAAUAUUUUAAUGAAAUCGUCAGAGAUGCCUUUCCCGAAGAACAUGUCUACAAUCGUUGAUGGCACCUACUUGGAACUACAGAGCAACUUGAUGAGGUUCAAAAGUUUGGAUGAUCUUGUAUUCAACAGGGGUCACGAUCUCGAUGACAGGAAGGAUGUCAGAUUUAGGCUGGACAGUCAGACAGGAGAUAUCAGAGAUACACACCACGACCGCAGGGUCCCCACAGACGGACACCAACAUUCUCGAAAUAAAUAUGAGUACCAGAGUUGGGGUCGUAGGGACCAAGCUCCCGUCAAGGCGAU